AGAGCUUGGUGUGAUGAUUAACUCUCAGGCCAUUUCCUCUCCCUUCUCUCAAGUCACAGCUCACCUUGUCUCCCAAGACACUUUCUAGGCUCCUACCUUCCUGUCAUCUUAAACCCUUUUAAAAGCUGGAAGUUGUGUUGGAGAAGGAUAUCAGGCCCUGGAGAGAUUUCCCUUCCCCCAGUAUCCACAAUAUGGCCUCCUCAUCACCUAAAUAUAAUUCAAACUCCCUGGAGAGCUCGUCAAUUAAAAGGAUCCCAAAAGAUGGAACUAAAUGGGAACAAAAUGAGGAAAUACCUCGUCUACCAGGAGAAACUAGCAUCACAGACAAGGAAGUUAUCUACGUGUGUCCAUUUAAUGGUGCUGUUAAAGGAAGACUGUAUGUUACAAACUACAGACUAUACUUAAGAAGUGUGGAACUAGAUCCAGUUGUGAUAUUAGAUGUUCCUCUGGGUGUAAUUGCAAGGAUUGAGAAAAUGGGUGGAGCUUCAAGUAGAGGAGAAAAUUCCUAUGGACUAGAUAUUACUUGUAAAGAUAUGAGAAAUCUACGGUUUGCACUGAAACAAGAAGGUCACAGCAGAAGAGAUAUAUUUGAAAUCCUUACAAAACAUGCUUUUCCCCAGUCACAUAAUUUGCCUUUUUUUGCAUUUGUAAAUGAAGAAAAGUUUGCUGAAAAUGGUUGGAUGGUUUAUAAUCCGAUGCCUGAAUAUAGGAGACAAGGACUGCCCAAUGAACAGUGGAGAGUAACUUUUAUCAAUGAACAUUAUGGACUAUGUGAUACAUAUCCAUCACUUUUGGUAGUCCCAUAUAAUGCCACAGAUGAUGAUCUCAAGAAAGUUGCUGUUUUUAGGUCUCGAAAUAGAAUUCCAGUGCUGUCAUGGAUUCAUCCAGAGAACCAAGCUGUUGUUAUGCGCUCCAGUCAACCUCUUGUUGGUAUGAGUGGGAAAAGAAAUAAAGAUGAUGAAAGGUAUCUUGAUAUUAUCAGGGAUGCUAAUGGACAGAUCUCAAAACUGACUAUCUAUGAUGCAAGACCCAGUGUAAAUGCAGUAGCUAACAAGGUAAGUAGAUGUUUUAACAGUCCUGUUUCUGAAACUAGAAGCAAUUGUGUCAUAAGUUUGCUGUUUCUAACUGUAAAGAGGUUUUUAGAAACAGUUGCUUUUUAAAAAAAAUUUUAACCGUUGGUAGUUUAAAAUAAAAUGUCAUCAAAAUACAAUGACGCACUACACUACAGUCCUCACAGAAGUGGAGGAACUUGGAAGCAUGUAGCAAAUAUGUAUAAUAUAUUUGUUGGGCUGCUUCAGAGUUCUAAAAGUGGAAUAAAAAAUGAAUUCUGCAAAAUGUUUUUGCACUGCUAUAACUCAAACAUAAAAAACAAACAUACAUUUGUAGGCUACUUGCUGGUAAUAUGGAAUAGCUUAUUAAAAAAAAGAAAUAUGGCUUUCAUUUUUUCUCUGAAGUGUAUGGAAUGUACUUUAUCAGACAGUUUAGCUAGAUUUUAGUCUGAUUGGUUGUGUUUUAAGGCUUUGCUUCAAAUAGCUGCAUUUUAGUCCACAAAUAACAUUUUAUGCAGCACACUUAAUUUUAGUGGGUGACCAAAACAUUAUCUCUUUGUUACAGCCAUGUAAUCCUCUUGUGGUUUGCACUGUGGAAGGAAUGCCAUUUCUUACAAAAGUGAUUUAAAUUUUUUUGGACUUAAUUCAAAGAUGGAUUAUGGCCGAAUCUUAAACACACACAUUUCUUUUAUUGUAAUUUUCCUGUACAACUUUUCAACUUUAGGAAAAUGUUCUAAAUAUUUUUUCUCUGAUUGUUCUUUUAAAACAUUUUUUGUUAGGUAGGAAUGAUCAGUCCCACUUAU